AUGGCUUCUCUCGCCACCCGACUGGUGAUGCAAUGCGUCUUUGUUUCCGUUCUUUUGGCCGGAUUCUGUUGCAUCAAGGGAGUCAACGCCGUUGACAAUCUCGGCGAGAGAUUUGGAGAAUUGCGCGAUAAACAGAGGGAGUUUGAUUACUUCAUGCUGUCCCUCCAAUGGCCGGGCACUGCCUGCCGCGCAACUCGCCGUUGUUGCUCCUCCAAUGCCUGUUGUCGCGGUUUGGAUGCACCGAGAGAGUUCACAAUCCAUGGACUUUGGCCUGAUUUUAAUGAUGGAACUUGGCCGGCUUGCUGCUCUGGGAAAAGAUUUGAUGUUAAAGAGAUUUCAACUUUGCUCAAGGACUUGAACAGGUAUUGGCCAUCGUUAAGCUGUGAUUCUCCAUCAAACUGCCAUGGUGGAAAGGGAUUAUUCUGGGAACAUGAGGUGCAAAAACAUGGACCUUGUUCAUUUCCAGUCGUACGGGAUGAGUAUGACUACUUUCUGAAAGUUCUUAAUCUGUAUUUCAAACAUAAUGUCACGGAAGUGUUGAGACAAGCUGGUUAUGUGGCAUCAAAUUCUGAAAAGUAUCCUCUGGGAGGCAUUAUUUCAGCAAUUCAAAAUGCUUUCCAUGCCACUCCAGAACUUGAAUGCUCAGGUGAUGCUGUUGAGGAACUCCGAUUGUGCUUCUAUAAGGAUUUCAAGCCUCGGGAUUGUGGAGUUACCAAAACCGGACAUCGCGUGACUGAUUCAGACACAUCAUGCCCCAAAUAUGUCAGCUUGCCAGAGCUUGAGAACAAUGGUGAAUGGAGGGAGCUUCACAGCGUAAUUUAA